CCAAAUGUAAGGACUCUUGACACAACAACUAUAAACAAGAAACCUCCAUAUCAUCCUACGGCCAUAAAAAACCCUAAAAUAUAAGCUGUAACUUAUAACCUUCUCUUUUGAGGUUUUUGUGUCCAAUCCUCUCGUUGCGACUGAUGGACGCGAAUCUCACAAAGCUUGGUGGUUCUCUUCCAGUCCCAAAUGUUCAAGAGUUGGCCAAAGAGGCCAUAACCGAAAUCCCGCAUCGCUAUGUUCGUACCGACCAAGAUCAUCCGUUCAUCCAUGUUGAUCAUGGAUCUUUGUUGCUUCAAGUACCAGUGAUUGACAUGAACAAGCUUUCGUCAAGCAACGACAGUUUGAUGGAGUCCGAGCUGGAAAAGUUGCACGUUGCCUGCAGAGAUUGGGGAUUCUUCCAGUUGAUAAAUCAUGGAGUGAGUUGUUCAUUGGUGGAGGAGGUGAAGUUGGGAAUACAAGAGUUCUUCAAGCUUCCCAUGGAGGAGAAGAGGGAGUUUUGGCAAGAAGAAGGAGACUUGGAGGGUUUUGGACAGGCGUUUGUUGUCUCGGAGGAGCAGAAGCUUGAUUGGGGCGACCUCUUUUACAUGGUGUCCCUCCCAAGACAUUUGAGAAAGCCUCACCUUUUUCCCAUGCUUCCUUCUCCGUUCAGAGAUGUCUUGGAUGAAUACUCCUCAACGCUCCGAGACCUUGCAAUGAAGGUUCUACUUCUCAUGGCAAAAGCUCUGAAGAUGGACACUAAGGAGAUGACAGAACUGUUUGAUGGGGGCAUGCAAGCCUUUAGGAUGAACUAUUACCCUCCGUGUCCACGACCCGAGCUCGUCAUCGGCCUCACUCCUCACUCCGACGCCGUGGGCCUCACCGUUCUUCUCCAAGUCAAUGAAAUGGAAGGUCUCCAAAUACGGAAAGAGGGCAAGUGGAUCCCUGUCAAGCCCCUUCCUAAUGCUUUCGUCGUCAAUGUGGGAGACAUUUUAGAGAUUGUGACGAAUGGUACUUACUGUAGCAUCGAGCACCGGGCAACGGUUAACUCGAUGAAGGAGAGGCUCUCAAUCGCCACAUUUUAUAACCCAAAGAUGGAAGGGGACAUGGGUCCUGCACCGAGCCUGAUCACACCGGACAAGCCAGCACUGUUCAAGAGAAUAGGCGUUGCCGAUUACUUCAGGGGACUCUUCUCUCGUGAGCUUCAAGGAAAGUCAUAUCUUGACGUUAUGAGGACGAUUCAGGGUGAGGAAAAUAAUGGGAAUUGAAUUUGACCAUUGAGAAACCAAACUAUACUGGCUUUUCUUUUUGUUUUUAUUUUUUAUUUUUACCAUAAACUAUUGUAGCUGAAAUCCUAUCUUUAUGUUGACUCUCUCCGGUCUCCAUGUACCUCGAAUAAGUCGAUCAUGUAUGGACACAAUCUGUACAAUCCAUAUUCUUUCCGCUC